AUGGAAGAUGAAAUGCAUCAGACACAAGCAAUUCCUCAAGCUCAAGAACCGCCAUUGGAAGAGUCUUUACGCGAACAAAAUGCUUUACUACGUAAAAUUCUUCUUGAAAAGGAAAGACUUCUACUACUCCAAGAAACUCGCAGCUUGAGAGGCGGACUGGCAGAAGCUCUAUCUGAGACUCAGAGCUUGCCAGGACAUGCGGCUGCUGCGGUCGCCGGGACGCAGACCGACCGCACAGCUGGCACGCAAACAGAUCCAAGAAGAACUAGAAGCGAUUUGGACGAAUCGCCUGGAGAUGAAGAAGAUGAAGAAGAUUGGCGUCGUCGUCGCCGAAUAAGGCGUCGCAAACAAAAGCGCGUACUCGGCGCUCGCCGCAUCCGUACUCCUAUCGCAGAAGAGGAUUCUCCGGUCGAGGAUCACCAUCAAACGUCGUCACAGACCAACAGCCGCAAGAGCAGACAAGCAGAACGAUCAGACGUACUUGCCGAAAUUUCUGAUUCGCUGGACGAACGGCAACGCUCUGCUGAGCGAACUCUUCAGAUGACUAGAGAACCAAAAUAUGUAAAAGCCAAACGACAAACAGCAACUCAGAAGCAACAUCAUGAAGAAAACGGAAGAUCCAUUUCUGCGGAUAGUUUGGAAGAUAGGAAAUCAGCUGACAAACCAGGUGAUGCUACUAAUUCUGGUAAAACUAGCACGGAAGGAGAAAUGUAUGAAGGCAGACUGAAAAAACCUAUUCCUAAAAAGAGACAAUUAGCUACUUCAGCUGAUAAAAACAAAGGCCCUGCACCUAAACCUCCUAAUAAAUCUGAAGGAGGUGAAGAAGGUAAAGUACCUAGAUAUAUGCAAUGGUAUUUUGAUCAACAAACAGACUCCAAGAAAAAGUCAGAGUCAGCUAAAUCUAAAUCAAAAACGAAGUCAAGAACUGAUUCAAGUCUAGAAAGGCAAAGUCAUGUUCAAAAGAAACCUGCUAUAGAGACACAAUCUGCUAAAGCAGUACCAUCGAACCAAGGUUCUAAUCAUUCUCUAACUCAACAUUCCGAAUACAGAUACGAACAUCCCUCUUCUAUUCCUCAAAAUCAAAAUAAUUUGACUGUAUCUGAUGGUAAAACAAAGGGUAUGCCGGAGGAUGAUCAGGAUUCGGGAAUAGCUAUGACAUCCAUGAUUUUACAAAAUUUGACAACCGCGAAACGAAAUCCAAUAGCAGAGAAAAAAAGCGUUUUUACUAUUGCCUAUGAUGACAUGCGGAUAAAGCAAUUGCGAUCCGAUAGCAACUCGCCACCUUAUUAGAUUAGAUUAUUGAGAAGUCGUUGAUUGAGUAUAUUCUAUAUGAAUAUUUACUUUUUAAAUUAAAAUCUAAGAAAAAAUCUAUGAGUCGGUAUCGAAUUUUGCACUGAUGCCUUGAUGUAUCAUUUGAUGCAAAUAAGUUUGAUUUUAUCAGGCUUUGAAAUGGUUUAUGAGUUGCGUUGUUUGUUGAAGACGUAAAUGAACAAAUAAGUAAUCGAAUUAAA